AUGAUCUCCAAAUGGAAGACCGCCUACCGAAACUUUCUCGCCGCCCUUGUUUCGUGUAGCGGCCAGUGGUGCUUGUCGAAAUGGCGCAACCCAAUCCCCCUCGUUCCGUCCACCGCCUCUCUCUCGCUGACGACUCCCUUGGUCCCCACCAGGACGACAACACCCCACCCCCCCUCCCCCCACAGCACAUACACAAGCACCUGUCGCCUCGUCCCAGCCCAAUCUGAAGCUCCUCUCUCCCCUGCCCACGACUCCAAUCCAACAUCUCCUUGAGGCACCACGUCCACGCGAAAUCCCCCGCCCGCCCGACCAGAUAAUUCCCCAGCCCCCCUCUGGUUGGGACCAAAUUGUGUCUGGACGGUAUCCACGCUGCUCGUCCAGCAGUAUCGUCAUCAUCAUGCGCGUGUUGACUCCGCCGGACCCCGUUCGCUUGUCCAUGCCAGUCUUCUUGAUAUUUAGUCGGUAACGUAUCGUUGGAUGUUCGCCUCAGGCAUUAGAUCACGAAAUUUGCAGGGGCAAGGUAACAGCACGGCAGUUGGGUUUCCUGUUAGCUGACGCCAUGUAUCCAACUCACAACCCAGGGCCUCCCGCACGACAGGUGCGUUGUCAACAUUGGUUUCCGAGAAACUAUUGUCGCACAAGGCCCCACGGCGAGGUUUACAAGCUGGGGGAAGGGGUGCGUGAGGAGGGUUGGGGGGAUGACGGGGUGCCUCGUUGCUACUGUUUCUCUUCCGUUAGCGUCUCCGGAAGCACUCCUCAUCCCACUUCAUACCCUGUACCAUACGUUAUUCGGUACUGCACCGAAUCCCGGACGGAAGCCCUGUGGUAUUGUUGAAGUGUUUUUCGAAAGGCGAUUUCUGGAGGCACACGCCCGAAUAGCCGAUAUCUGUUCAGUUUUAGGUGGGUCUAGGGUGGUGGUGUGAGGUGUCGGAAGGGAAGGAUUGAAGCCCUUGCAGACGAUACUGAAUUCUCAACCUCUUUGGGUUUAUGACCCAGCCCGAAAGAUAACCCAGGAGUCAAAGCAAACCGCACACACCAGUAUCGGAGCAUUGAGCACGAAAAACAAGUCCGGCUCUGCCCUGCUGUACCUCCGUCAACCUAUUUCACUGCUGUAGAACCACUGCCAAAACGGCGUUGCUAGGGGGUAACUAUUAACGACAAAUAAUUACGAAACAUUUCACGGAAGCGUGUUUGCUUGAACAAAUAUGGAGGCGUUUUUCCCCGAAAACGUGAAAAGGAGGAGCCGGGAUUUUUCGGGGCUUGCCAUUANUACUGAAUUCUCAACCUCUUUGGGUUUAUGACCCAGCCCGAAAGAUAACCCAGGAGUCAAAGCAAACCGCACACACCAGUAUCGGAGCAUUGAGCACGAAAAACAAGUCCGGCUCUGCCCUGCUGUACCUCCGUCAACCUAUUUCACUGCUGUAGAACCACUGCCAAAACGGCGUUGCUAGGGGGUAACUAUUAACGACAAAUAAUUACGAAACAUUUCACGGAAGCGUGUUUGCUUGAACAAAUAUGGAGGCGUUUUUCCCCGAAAACGUGAAAAGGAGGAGCCGGGAUUUUUCGGGGCUUGCCAUUAUCACGGAUCCGUGUUUUUGACAGAAGCAUCAGACAAGCGCACCGCGGGCGCUGUAACAUGACCGAGAACGCUAGAAAGACCUGCCAGACUCACGUCCAGGUCUGUUGUGGAGAUGGACAAGCGGCAGAAGCGGUGUUCAGUACGUUCUUGGUCCAAAACUAGACAUUGCGUUAUGCUCUCGUCUUCAACUGCUGCUGUUGGUGCUGGGAUUUUUUUAAAAUCACACAAAUAACAAACACGGAAACAGUAGAACGAGCACAGCAGCAGCACCAAGACCUCCAACGCGCUGAUUCCUUCGGUUCGGCUGUCCAUAUGAUACCACCUUCCGGCACCGUGCUGCUUCGUGGGUAUUGAGUGCUUGGAUGCUGCUCAAUAAGGUGUAUGAGAGAUGUGUGCCACCUCACCAAAAUGUCGUUGGAAAAAAUGCGGCGAGAUGUCCUGUUUUUGUCGGCCACGUCAACAUCAAUCCACGGCACCACGCAGCAGAAGAGCAACAGGGCCUCUGACAACGCUAAUUCUUUCGGAUUGGCCAUCUAUAUGAUGCUGGCCGUCAGCGCGGCUGCCGCCCUAUGAUUGUUGAGCUCGUCUACCUUCGGGCAGGUGGUGGUCAGAGAUUGGAGUCGCAACCGUGAAAAAUGAGCUGGCAAACUGAAGAAAUCGCAAGCAACACCCAGGUUGCGACACUCUGCCCUGCGCCUUUUGUUGCUGAAAACUGAAAACAG